AUGGAUUUAUUUGUUCAGGGGACUGUUAUCCAUGCCCAUAUACCAAAGGACAUUCUUCCUAAAUUCCUUAACAGUUUUGUUGAAGGAGAUGUCUAUUGUGUAAGAAACUUCUUUGUGGUAGCAAAUUGGCAUACUUAUAAAACCAGUAUGCAUGAAUACAUGUUGCAAUUCAAUGGUGAGACUAUUAUGAAAGAAUAUAGGUCUACAAAUUUCCCCAAACACAUGUAUAGAAUAAGGGCAUUCCAAAGUUUGAGGAGUAACCCAACCUUAAAUGACAAAGAGCUGUUUGAUUUAUUUGGUCGUGUGGUUCAAAUACAUGCUCCACAACAGAAGACCAUUGCUGGCAAUGAUACUAGACUAAUUGACUUUGUUAUAGAAGAUUCACAGGGUAAUCGUCUAACCUGUACAUUCUGGGAUGAACAUGUUGCAAAAAUUGAGUCUUUCUAUCAAUCUCCUGGUAAUGAGCCUCUGUAUGUUUUGAUCCAGUUUUGUAGACUGGAAUUUGGUGUUAGAGAUGGUGAUGUAAAAAUCUGCUCUUCCUAUGAUGUCACUCAAAUUCACUUUAAUAUUGACUGCCCUGAAAUGCAGCAGUUUAAAGAAAGUAUAGCUUCCAUGUCUAGCAUGAGUUUCACAAACACUCAUGAUGAUUCAAGCACUCAAUCAAUGGAACUCACUACCAUUACUGAUCUCUAUGACAAUGAACAGUUUGGUGACUUUUGGAUAGCUGCAAGGAUAAAUGGUGUUGAAAAUUCAAGUGAUUGGUUUUAUAUUUCCUAUCCUAAUAAGGGUUGCAAUAAAAAACUCAAACUUUCUGAGGGUGUCAAUAAGUGUUUCAAAUGUAAUAAAAUUCCUGAGGGUAGCGUUACAAAGUAUAAAAUUAGAGUACGUGUGGUUGACAUGAAGGGUACUGCAUCCUUUUUGCUAUGGGAUAGAGAAUGCGUGGAUUUGCUAGGUCUUGCAGCAGAAGACCUAUAUGAAAGAAAUGUGAAUAACCUUGGACACAUAAAGGAGAUAUUUGAACUGGUAGGGAGGAUAAUGUUUUUCAAGAUUUCAGCAAAGAAGGACCAGUUUGUUCGUCGUAAUAUCCCAUUUCCUGUUCUUAGAAUUAACACUGACCAGAUUGUGCUGCAACAACACUGCCCUGAUCUUCUAAGUUUACAUGAAAAUGACUAUAACUCUGAAUGCCCUAUAAGUGAGGGGGAUGAUAAAUUUUUGGAGGGUUUUGAGAGUGAUGAAGCGGAGAGCCCUGUUGCUAUGUUGGCCCCAACGAGUAGUACUGAUUGUACUACUGAUGGACCGGUCAAGCGUUGUUUGCUUGAUUCAUUUUCUUCAACCAAGGGUGGAAAGAAAGUGAAGCAAUGCCAUGUGAAGUUAGAGAAGAUUGAUUGA